AUGAAGCUCCCUCCGCUCUUUGCCCUGUGGGCGUUAUCAGCUCCCAUCGUGGCGGCUUUCACUGCCCUUGAUCCUUUGUUUUUGAGUCGUCAGCAACGAGUAUCUGUGUCACAGCUUCGAUCCUCUUCUGCCAAGUCUGAUAAAGAUCAAAUUGAGAAAUUUCAAGUAUCUUCGAGCCGAGGAAGCAAUGCAAUCAAGAAAGGAAGUUAUCAAGAGGAAGGUCUGAAUGGAUGGGCGUCAUUAAAGAAAGCUGUCUAUGGAACAGUGGAUGGUGUUGGAGCCAUUGGUGCCGCCCUCAAAUCGAAGUCCUCCGAAUUGCCAGUAGAAGAAGGAUACCGUCAAACAGAAACUACUAUUCUGAAGGAAUCCAACAGUGUUUUGUCACCGGGACAGCGAUUGAUGAAUCAGUACCGAGAAAGGUCAACCGUAGCACCACCCGCCCCAGCACAGGAUCAGAGCAAAUCCACUGCAUUUGAUGCGUUCAAGGAAACUGUUUACGGCACGAUCGAUGUGGCAUCGAGUGUCUUUGACGAUCAACCAAAAGACACGGAGACACGACGUUCCUUCAAACCUUUGGUCCAAUCAACACUCUCAUCUCCCGAAAUCCAGAAAGCAUUGCCCGAUUUGCAAUCGAACAAUUUUAUUGCUCGAAAAAUUGCCGAGAAGAAAAUCCAGGAUUGGGAGAAGAAGGAACGAAAACGACAACUGGCACUGGAAAGAGAGGAGGCGGCCCGGAAAAUCAAGGAAUCGGUCUACCAAGUGGGAGAUGCCACAGUAUGGGCCGCAAAAACUCUUGCCACGGCUCCAGAGGCAGUUUCCAAGGUCGCCUCUGAGACCACCGUGUUCGUCAAGGGGACGGUCAAACAGGUACAGACAAACGUGGAUCAAGCAGUGUCCACAGCCACUGCUAUUCCGAGCCAAGUAACUGCCACUGCCGAUGACGUCCAGAAUGCUGUCAAGGAGUCCGUGGAAAAAACAAAGCAGACUGUCGAAGAAGUCAAAGCAAUUCCUGGAAAAACCAAAAAGUUAAUCGAUGACACGACAGAGACUGUGACGAAUGUGAAAUCGGCCGUCGAGGAAGCUGUAGUGGACACAAAAGUUUUCCUUGGUCUCGAAAAGGCCAAGCCCAAGCCUCCCAAGCGACCACCACCGCCCCCCCAAACAGCAAGUGAAAUUGGUUUAGAGAUCGCAGGAAAAGUCUUGACUGGAGCAGCUACGGGAACUGCCAAGUUAGCAUGGUGGGCGGGAGCAAGUACUGCCAAGGCUGCUUGGAAUGCCACCGUCUCCGCAAUUCAGGAGCGCACAGCAAAGGACGAAGCAGGUAGCACAAGUGUCGCAGUGACCUCCAACACUACUUCGCCUGCCAUUGAUAAGGAAGUCGAAGAGGCACUAUUGCUGGCACAAUCUGCAAUCGACUUUGCCGAUACCCCGGCUCCAGAUGACGAUGAUGAGAAGAAAAAAGCGCCAUAA